GAGGAGUGAGAGGCGACAGAUAGGCGACUCACAGACAACAUUUGGACGUUAGUUAACUUUGUCCGGACCACCCAGCGACUGUUUGGACCUUUUCUUAUUUCCACCAUGACACCCUGAGCGAGCGGGAGCUGCGUUUGAAAGGCUGGGGAGCGGGAGACAGAGAAGAGGGGAAGUUGUUGGGGGAUAUAGGAAAAAUAAACCCCCCAAAAAAAAAAAAAAAAAAGUGAUUUUCCUGCGACAAGUUCAAGUCAAAUUUCUUCUUUCUAGAGGAAGGGUGGCCCUGGACUGUUGGGGGGCAUGGACACCCACGUCAAGGAGGGACAACUGUAUGUGCAGCAUCAAAAGUUUGGGAAGAAAUGGAAGAAGAACUGGUUCGUCCUGUACCCCGCCAGCCAAAACGGCAUCGCCCGCCUGGAGUUCUAUGACUCACCCUCGGGCGGAGGGGGUGGGGCUGGCGGAGGCUCUGGAAGCGGGUCCAAUGAGAAGACCAGAAAGCUUGACAAGAAGAUCAUCCGCCUGUCUGAGUGCAUUUCCAUCCUGCCGGCGCUGACGGAGAGCUGUCCCAAAGACAAUAUGGCAGCGUUCUGUGUGGAGACCAACGACAAGACGCACGUGUUUGCUGCAGAGAAGAACGCCGCCAAGGAUUGGAUGGAUACCAUGUGCGACAUUGCAUUUCAGGGAGGAGGCGGCACCAGUACUGCUGCAGACUCUAAUGGUGGAGUGCAGGACCUGCAGAUGUCUGAAAACCUCAUCUACUACUCCAGAGAGGAGGUCAACGAGUUCUGGGUGAGCGUUCAGCGCACCGAGGCGUCGGAGCGCUGCGGGCUGACAGGGAGCUACUGGCUUAAAGCGGAGAAUGACAUCUUAAUCUUGAAGGAUCCAAAGACCAAGAAGAAAGUCCUGGUGUGGCCCUACAAGCUGCUGAGGAGAUACGGGCGAGACCGGGUGAUGUUUUCGUUCGAGGCGGGCCGCCGCUGUGACUCGGGUCCCGGUAACUUCACCUUUGAGACCAAGCAGGGCAACGAGAUCUUCAUGCUGGUGGACCAGUCCAUCCAGUCGCAGAAGGUACAGGCUGAGGAGCGCCACCUCAGCUUUGACCCAGAGUGCCCUGGCUCACUGCAGCACAUACGCAACGCCGUUCCUAGUGGCGGGACGGCGGGAAGCGGAGACAACAGCAGCUGCAGCAGCCGGGAGGCCGACGGCGAUUCAGGCGGCAGCAAACCGGGCUCUGCUGAUGGCGUGCUCGGGAAGAGAGAGGGUGGAGAUGGAGGAGGAGGAGGAGGAGGAUGGGGGCAAGGAGCUGCAGGAGGAAUCAAAGGGAGGAGUUUACCAGAACCACCAGCCAUGUUGACGGUUUUGGGAGGAGGGGGGACUCCUCCAAAGUCUCCCAGGGUGCAGGCGACAGCAAAAGGUCUUUCCUCAGCUGAUGAACAGGCAGGUCUUUAUUCAGAACCAGCAGAUUCAGUCCGCCUGCCUCUGACUGCCUCCGACUGCCUCUACUCCGACCCAGUGGACAGCAUCAAGGCUCAAAGCCAAACUAGCAACCCAUCCACCCUUCCAGUGCCCACCCCACGCCUCCGACCGGUAGGGGACGAGGCUUCAGGAGGUGGCGUCCAAGGGGAUCACCACCAUGUCGGCAGCAACCCCAGGAAGCAAUCGGACCUGUACUCACACGUGUACGACCGGAUCAGCCUGGAGCUGAACCAGAAAACGAUCGCGCUGAGUUUAAACGGGGCCACAGGGGGAGGAAGAGGGGGAGGAAGAGGCGUGAACAGUAACAGGCGACCACCAGGAAUCCAAGCAGAAGGAGCUUCGCCACCUCCUGGUCCUCCGGAGCACAUAUACGAUGAACCGGAGGGUUGCGCCAAAGGAAUUGCUGGCAUGUUGGCUAAUUCAGGGAUGAGUAUUUACGACGAGGCCCGUUUGGAGCCCCACAGCCAGAGGAGACAGGAAGAGGUGACAGCCCCGUCAGGACCGGAGGGAAAUUACAGCACCCCCUCCCACAAACACUCUCCCCCGCAGCUGGGCCCGAGCCGGGGCACACCGCAUCCUCCGGCCCCGAGGUGGCCCAAACCCACAACCGCCCCCAAGCCGAGCAGGAGCCCUUUCGCUCGGAAGGAGCCGGUGCCACUUCCCCCUGGGAAACAUGGAGGUCCUGGCAAUAAUGUGAACAACAACAACAACAAUAUUUGGGGAGGAGGAGGAGGAGGGGGGGGAGGAGGAGGAGGCGGAAGGGAGCUGUACAGCAAAGUGUCAAAACAGAAACCUCCAUCUGCUAAUUCGUGGUACAGCCAGCACCACCAGGCGCCGCUGAGAUCACGUGAUAUCAUCUACGACAACUUGGGAGAUAUUUGACAUCCUUCUUGUUUCUACAGGGACCAAAAUGAAACGUUAACCCCAUUUGUGAAAGAAAAAGGCUGAAAAGCAAACUUUCAGUCAAUGCCUUUCUUCUUACAGUUUCUGUAAGCACAUUUCUUCCAUCUGUGGACUGGAAUAAUUAUUUGAGACAGUCGAUUCAUUUCGAGUAGAUUAGCUCACAACUAUGAGAAAACCACAUAACGGCUGCAUUCUGAAACACGGAGUGCAACUAUUGUAAGGCCACCCUCUGUGUGUGUUUGUGUGUGUGUGUUUGAGAAAGAGAGAGUUUGCUUGGUCAAACCCAUAAUUGGAGUACCAAUCCACAGUGUGGUUGGAACCAGCCACUUCACUUGAACACACACACACACACAGAGAAACAGUUAGGAUUUGCCAAAAGGAGCUCGGCCUAGAGGGUUUACUUUAACAAGCUGAGACCGCGGCUUGGCUCUUCGUUUAUAAAAUGUCUGCCGUGCUUAUGAAGUGAGCGGGAAACAUGUUUUUGCACUGCUGCUUUUGUGUUUCUCUGCAAUGUGAGACAAUGUGACAGCCAGGAGUUACGGUUUGACAGGUUUGGAGUAUCUUUGCCAAAAGGAGCUCGCGUGUUUGUGUUUUCCGGGCUGAUGUGUCACCCUUGAGCCCAAUGAAAUAGGGAGACUACAACAUUGUCAGCCCAGGACACUAAUAUGCCACAUGGGUGCAUCUUAGGAUCCACCGAGACAAACAUCAAUGCUACUGUUUGGGAGGAAGCAUGAACAAUGGGACUUGGAGACCCCGUUUGGGUCUUGGAGACAGACAUAAAUGGGCCAUAAAGGGGCCAUGGGGGUCACAUGGUCCUCAUGUGGCCAAUAAAUUCCGACUUCCUGCACAAGAUAAUAUUAUUUGAAUCCUUUACGUUUCUAUGUACAGACAGACUAAAUAUAAAACUAAUCAGUUCUCUGCAAUAUGUCGGUGUGUGUAUGUAUGUCAAAAACAGCUGUGCUGUCUGUAAAUAUAA